AUGUUGGAGCCCAAGCUGGACGCCUCCUCGUGUGCGCUGGGCAGUGGGGGGGAGCGCUCCUGUCUGCACCUGCCCCCCCCCUCUGAGGGAGAGGAGAGCAGCCUGUACCCCUCCAGCCCCUCCGAGCCCCGCACCCUGGGCAGCCCGCACCCCUCAGACCCCCUCACGCCGCUGGACGACAUCUACACGCCGCUGGGAGGAAGCCUGAAGGUCCCGCCCACGCCGCCUCCGUCCACCGAGGGCGAGGAGCAGAGCGACCUGUGGAGGACGGACCAGGACGAGCUGCACGAGGACCAGGACGAGCUGCACGAGUACGAGGAGUGCGCGCGCAGAGGGAGCAGCGAGGGCCAGGAGUACGAGGCCGAGCGGAGGAACGGGCUGGAGGGCGGCGGCCUGAGCCUCACGGUCCUGAACGCAGACGAAGACAACACCUCUGAGCCUCAGGACGCGCCUCCCUCCUCCUCUUCCUCCUCCUUCAUCAUCCCCGAGCUGCGCCUGGACCGAAGCUUCAGCGCCGACGCUCUCUCCUCCAACACCGAGGACGAGGACUUUGAAGACGAGGACUCGGAGGAGGAGGACGAGGAGGAGGAGGAGGACAGUGAUGAUGCGUACCUGCAGAGGAGCGACAGUAAACGCCGCAGUAUGGUGGCGGCCUGCGAGAAGCACGGCGGCGGCGGCGGCGGCCUCAGCGUGCAGAACUCACUGAGGAGACGGACGCACAGUGAGGGCAGUCUGCUGCAGGACCCGCGCUCCGCCUGCUUCACCUCAGACAACGCCAUCCACCGCCUGGAGGCCGGCGGCGGGCACUCGGGCGGCUGGACGCUGCCAUCGCCUCAAACGCUGAAGAAGGAGCUCACCAAGAACGGAGGCUCCAUGCACCAGCUCUGCAUGCUGUUCGCGGGCCGCAAGCUGAGUUCCGGAUCCCCCUGUAGCUGCGAAGUGCGCUCCGACGGAAGGAAGAAGAAGAAAUCCAAGAAUCUCUUCUGCCAUUUACUACGCUGCCGUGUGCUGGGCCCCGGGCAGCACAGAGCGGGACAGAAACAGACUGAACAAGCUGGUCAGGAGGAGGUCAGGGACAGGAGGCCCCUGGACUCUGUGGAGGAGGUGAGGGACAGGAGGCCCCUGGACUCUGUGGAGGAGGUGAGGGACAGGAGGCCCCUGGACUCUGUGGAGGAGGUGAGGGACAGGAGGCCCCUGGACUCUGUGGAGGAGGUGAGGGACAGGAGGCCCCUGGACUCUGUGGAGGAGGUGAGGGACAGGAGGCCCCUGGACUCUGUGGAGGAGGUGAGGGACAGGAGGCCUCUGGACUCUGUGGAGGAGGUGAGGGACAGGAGGCCCCUGGACUCUGUGGAGGAGGUGAGGGACAGGAGGCCUCUGGACUCUGUGGAGGAGGUGAGGGACAGGAGGCCCCUGGACUCUGUGGAGGAGGUGAGGGACAGGAGGCCCCUGGACUCUGUGGAGGAGGUGAGGGACAGGAGGCCCCUGGACUCUGUGGAGGAGGUGAGGGACAGGAGGCCUCUGGACUCUGUGGAGGAGGUGAGGGACAGGAGGCCCCUGGACUCUGUGGAGGAGGUGAGGGACAGGAGGCCCCUGGACUCUGUGGAGGAGGUGAGGGACAGGAGGCCCCUGGACUCUGUGGAGGAGGUGAGGGACAGGAGGUGCUAG